AUGGCGUGCUGCUUGUCAAUGGUAACAAUGGCGUCUUACAGAGGAAACGCUAGUUUCAACAGCCCAUCAGCAUCACUUUCCCCUCUGGCUGGAUCGAGAGCGAGGAGCUCUGUGUCGCUCAAUAUGAAGCCCAACAGCCCAAUUUCUUCCGGGGCCCUUCUUUGCAGUGCGUUCACAAAUUCCUCGCUGUCUUUCACCUCUGCCUCAGCUUUUUCAGGGUUAUCAUUGGGUUUGGACUCGUUUUCCGGCAUCCAGCCUUCUUCUGGAAAAAGGCGUAGCUUUGUGGUGAGGGCAAGUAAAUAUCGUCUUUGCCAGACGAAAAGGAACCGUUCGAGGAAGUCACUGGCCAGAACACACGGAUUUAGAAAGCGUAUGAGCACCACAAGAGGCCGGGCCGUGCUUAGUCGUAGGCGGGCCAAGGGAAGAAAGGCUCUCUGCACAAAGUCAAAUCCUUGCAGUGGCAAACGUGCUUAA